AUGAUUGGAGACCCUUUUAAGAUGGUCACCAGUAAAUACUGCGUAUUCCACGGGGAGCAUGGUCAUUACACCAACAACUGCAAUGCUUGGAAAAGACACCUUGAAGAGCUGGUCAGAGAUGGUCGUUGCACAGAAUUCGUUGUAAAGAAGGUCAUCCAGCAGAUCAAGGAUCGUGAUGCAGCUGUUAAGGAACCUCCCCAAAAGGUCAUUUUGAUCAACACCAUUCUAGUUGGCUCCCAGGAAUCCGGGCUGACCACCAAGGAGUGCAAAAGAAAGAUCGCGCAUGCGACUUAUGUGUCCCAAGUCAUAAUGGGAGUACCAGUCAUUGUGGAUAUACCCAUCAUCGGCUUUUAG